AUGGGCUCCUUCGACGUCGUCCCCUUCUGGCACGUCAACGUCCCCGAGCGGGAGCGCACCGCCGAGUGCCCCGAGUUCCUGCGCGGCCUCAGCGCCAAGGACCUGCGCGGCGUCUCCACGCCCGACUCGGCGUACGAGAUCCUCUCCUGGGCCGAGGUCGCCCGCAUCGUCACCGCCAACCGCCUCGAGCGCUUCCAGCGCGUGCCCUCCCAGCUGCGCCGCUACAAGCAGUUCUCUCAUCAGACCGCCGCCGGCCGCCACGGCAGCGUCGCCGCCUUCGUUCUCGAGGAGCGCCUGCGCUGGGCCGGCCCGGGAGCCUCCCGGCCCAGCGGCGCACCGCCAUUCACCUGCCCGGACGACUACAAGGUCCUCUACAACGACUGGCCGUACGGCCUCGACUCCCGCAUCGUUCAUUUGGUCGUCUGGACAAAGUUUGAGCUGGUUGCCGACGCGGACACGGGAGACCUCACGGACAAGGCCCGCGCGGAGAUUGAGGACUACGUCUCGAGGACGUUUCGCGCGCGGAUGCCCGAGGGCAAUGUCAUGUGGUUCAAGAACUGGGCUGCCCUCAAGUCCAUCCACGCCGUCGAGCACUUCCACGUCAUGCUCUUCGACCCUAACCCCGAUUUCAUCCGCGAGGUGACCAACGGCGACAUCCCCCAGUGCAACAAGUUCAUUGAUUAG